GUGUGAUGUUGCUGCGUCUAUACAGCAGCCGCCACCAGUCGCCAUUGUGCUGCACGAGUGAGACAAGGUGGGGCCAGGCGCCUCAUAUUACUGCCUUGGGACACUUUAUCUCACACUUGAGAUAUAGAGAUCAACCUGGCAUUAUUCACUUGAAGCUGCUGGUGAGUCUUCCAGCUGGAGGAAGUUUACACAAGGUUGUGGUGGGCGACACAAGUAUGUGGUCAGGUGCCCCACAGUGGGCAUCAUGGGCCCUGCAGCCUCAACACUAUCAAAACAUGAAGCCAGAAGAAGCAUCAUCAGUGGACUGGGCUGCACUAGCAAAGCAAUGGAUUCAGAUGAAGGAGACGGCUCCUGAGGAGCCUGUUCAGCCACCACAGCAACCUCCAGCCCCCGUCACCACUACACCAAGUCACUCGGCAGAUGAUUCUACCACAGGUGGAGGGGAGAUGGACAUGGAGAUAGAAGAUGAUAAAGGACCUUCUGCAAAUUGCACAGAGCAGCAAAAUGGAGACACAUGGGCAGGCUGGAGUGGAGAAUGGGCACCAACUCAGUCUGGGAUGGGCUGGGGUUGGGGCUGGCCAGUAGACUCGUACUCUCAGAAUGCAUCUGGCAACCAAGACGUUGCUCACCAGUAUAGCGGAAAAGACGGUGAAUAUGGAUGGCCCAUGUUGGGAAGUGAUUCUACCCAAGGUGACUAUAUGGGAAAUGAUGGAAGGGACAGGCGUGGAAGGGAGUUCCAGGUUGGUGCCAUGGAUCAGGACCGAGCUGCUGCUAAGGAGGCGGACUUCCAGUUAGACGCAGCCCAGAGAAAAAAACUCCCUGCUUGGAUCCGUGAAGGUCUUGAGAAAAUGGAGAGGGAAAAGCAGAGAAAGUUAGAAAAAGAGAGGCAGAUGUCUGAAAAGGGGGAGAUAUUGGGCAAAAAAAGAGAGGGAACCAGGCAAGCGAUCCCGGAAGAAGACCUUGCUAAAGAUGGCAAAAAACCCCGGAUCCCCGGAAAAAAACAAAAUUUUGACAGUGAUAGUGACAUAUCUGACCAUAGCCGUUCUGCAAGUCCUGAAAUGUCCACGCAAGGAUUGGGCAUGACACGAAAACGUCGUUCAAGGUUUGAACCUCGGGAUGGGCAGGGAGAAAUGCAAGAUGAGGAUGAUGUAAAGGAUGAAGAUGAGAAUGAUGAUGGAGAAAAAGAAGAGGAAGAAAGUAAAAGCAUUAGAAGGGUGCCCUCCCCUGAACCUGUUAAGACAGAGGAAGAGAAAAUGCAGGAGAUGAUGUUGAAGCUGAGACGUUGGAUGACUGAAAUUCUGUUAGAUGUGACAACCAGCAUGAUGGAAGAAGUGUGUUCCGAGGUGCUAAGUCGUGCCCGUAUGAAAGCUCCGGCAGUUCAGGUCAAGAAGAGCUCGGCCCUAGCCUCUUUGUCGGGCGGCAUUGGGCUUGGCAUCUACAGUGACAGUGACAGUGAUGGCGAGGGCUCUGACGGUGAUGGAAGCAGUGACCGAGGCGACAGUGACGAGGAAUUACGACAGAUCAUCAGACGUAAACAGAGAGAUUUUCAAGCUACAGAAAGGGAUAUACUUCAGCGCUUGCAAGCUGAAGAAAUGGCAGAACGGGAAAAGAAGUUUGAUACGAAUGACUCUGAUUCAGAUGAUGAAGAUGAUAAAGAGGCUGGGGAGGGAGAAUCAGAGGGCGCAAAGGAGAGAAGGGCUAGCAAGGAAGGGGAAGGGGACAGGCUUGGGGAACAACCACAGACCCAAGAAGACUCAGAGGAAGAUGCCAGUCCAUCUUUAAGCCCUAGUAAUGUGAAACCUAUGAAAUUUGAACCACCUCAAGAUCCUGAGGUAGAUUCCACACAGCCAGAUAGUGCCACCCCAAGUGAUUCUAAGAAAGGGGAUGAGGAAUCUGUACAUAGUGUAGACUCUGAAGAAGACUCUAAGUCAUCUUUGAGUGAUCACUCUCAUUCUAGUGAGGGAAGGAAAAAAAAGAGAAGGAAAUCCAAAAAGGAAAAAAAGAAAAAAGAGGGAAGAAAAAGGAGUAGAUCAGGGAGCAGGGAAAGGGAGGAAAAGAGAGAACACAAGAAGAAAAAGAAACGUAAAGAGAUUAGUAGGAGCAGAAGUAGAAGUUCUGAAGAAUAUAGUAGAUACAGAAGUAGAAGUAAGAGCAGAGAGAGCUAUAAGAGGAAGAGAGAUGUAAGUCUAAGUCCAUUUGAGGAAAGAAGUUCUCGUAGGCACUACAGCCGGGAUCGUUCUAGAUCUAAAGGUAGAGAUAAGCCACGGGGAAAAAAUGGAACAAGGGACUGGUCAAGGGAUAGAUCUAGAGAUAGGCGAAGAAGUAGGUCUCGUGGUAGGAAAAGUAGUAAAUCUAGGGACAAAAAACAUUAUAGGGACAAAAGUAAUGAGAGUCGAUCUGGGUACCGUCAUAGAAGUAGGUCUCGAGGAAGGGAUCAUAGACGAAGUUAUAGAGAUGGGAGUGAGGAUAGUAGAUCAGGAAGAAGUAGUAGAAGGCGCUCUCCCACAUACAGUAGAAGCAGAAGUCGGAGCAGAGAUUAUUCACACAGGAGAGAUCGCUAUCAAUCCAGAUCUCGCUCCAGGUCAAGAACUCCAAAAAGAUCAAAGAAACGUCGUCGCUCCCGUUCCAUAAGUUCUUCUAUAUCACUUCCGAAGAAGUCAAGAAGAAGAUCCCGAUCGUCAUCGUAGGCAAGUGAAGGUCCUAUCGUGAGUGCUGUGGUAAGACCACAACAAGGUAAGUUGUUUGUGUUCUGUGAAGAUGUCUGUGUACACUUUCAGGUCAACAGCUGUCGCCCACCAUGUGAAAUUUCUCAACGGUGUGAGGGGACAGGAUUUAAUUAUUUCGAAGAGAAAGAAAGCAGGCAACUUCAAUUUGUUUGGUAUGCAUUUUAGUCAUCCAAGUUAAAAAAAAAAAAAAAGAGGAAUGAGAGUAGUUGUGAUAAUUUUUAAUUGAUGCAUUACAUUUAUAAUUUCUAUCAUAUCUUAGUGCCUAUGUCAUGAAGUUUACACCUAUAAAAAUAGGCUUUAUAUUUUUUAUGGUUUGUUCUCCUUUUCAGCACCUGCCUUGCACUGCCCAUCGUUUGAAGUUCCAACCUAUGUCAUAUUUUGACACUGGUGUAUCCAAAGAUCGGUCACAUCUGUGAAUAGUACUUUCUAAUGAAAAUAGCUGUAUAAUUUAUUAUAUUUGUUUUUCAAUACGAGUCUCUUAUUCCAGGACAGGAAAAAAAAAAGUUGUAUUUUCUAUUGAACAUGAAUCUGGAAUGUAUGGGAAAAUUUUUUAUUAGUCAUUCACAUAUAUUCUCAUGAUCAAUAGCUCAUGUUCAAAAGAUUGGUCACCUUUUACUUUUCAGGUUCUGUAAUUGAAAAGCUUGCUCAUGUAGCUUAGAAUAAAGAAAUUAAGACUUUA